GUCAGAUGAAUAAAAAAAUUGGCUAUGGGGUAAACUUAGACUCUCAAGAAAAGGGAAGAUGCUGAGAAAAGUAAAAGUGCUAGUUUACUGGGUUACACAGUGAAAACCAUAUUCCUCCACAUGCAGGUAACAAGAGAGUGCCCGUAUCACACAGGCUGAGUUCAAAUUUAACUCACAUAACCACCUGAUCGCCAUGUCUAAAGCAAGUUUGUUGCUGUUACUUCUGGCUACAAUCCACGUUUUCACAGAAAUCACCAGCGGGAAACAAACAGACAAUCAACCCAUGCAAAGUCCUCCAAGCUGUAACGCCGGAAUACCUGGUAUGCACGGCAAGCCUGGGUCUCCUGGGGUUCCAGGUCGUGACGGCCGCGAUGGACGCGACGGAGCCAAAGGGGAUCGGGGAAGCCCAGGAAGAACUGGACGCCAUGGACCUUCAGGUUCUAAAGGUGCUAAAGGAGAACCUGGAAUCCAGGGUCCUACCGGCCAAAAGGGGCAGCGUGGAGAAGGUGAGAUAAAUGGGGUAAUUGGCAUGCCUUUUAAAAACUGGAAAGAAUGUGCCUGGAACAACUUGUAUGACCGCAAGGACCAAGGGCUUAUAAAGGAAUGCAUAUUCACCAAGAAUUUUUCUGACACCGCCCUGCAUGUCUACUGGACUGGAGUACUUAGAGUAGCUCAGUGUAGCAACUGUUGCAAACGCUGGUAUUUCACUUUCAAUGGUGCUGAAUGUUCGGGUCCCCUGCCAAUUGACGGUGUCGUUUACCUGGGUGGGGCAGCUCAGAAUCCUCACCGUGUCCGCCAUAUCGAGGGGCACUGUAACAACAUCCAUAAAGGGAAGCUUCGCGUGGGAUUCUGGGUUGGCAAUUGUCGCAGUUUAGGAAACGCUGACGCUAACACGGGUUGGAAUUCAGUGUCCCGGAUCUUUGUUGAGGAGGUUCCUGCGCCUCAGCCCUAAGGUGGACAAGUCUGAACUUAACCCAGUGUAAACACGAAGAAUCGAAAAUCACGGAUAUUCUUACUAGUUAUUUAGGUGUAUUCAGCGGCAGGAAUCGAUCAUGUAUUGAAUGGCUUCCGAUAACGAGGAGAUAUAAUUGUGUCUAAGUCUGUUUUGCAAUUUUAGCACGUCUGAGAUCAAUAAAUAACACAUUACA